AUGUCCAGUCCCCGAUUGCUGCUGUUGUCACUCGUUUCUACAGCACUGGCCGCCGAGACAUUCCAUCGCAAAUCCAACCUCACCGUCGCACUGGCUGAUGUGGUGCCUGCCUGCGCGGAGGACUGCUUCAUUUCGUUUCUUGACGCAAACUAUGGCAUUGCGCGGGGCGAAGAGAUCCCGUCCCUCGAGGACCUCUGCUCCGCGGAUGGCAACACGGGAUUCACGAUUGGGGAGGGCGCGGUGCAAUGUAUUGCCGCCGAGCAGAGGGUGGGAGCGUGCUCCGUCAAAGAAGCCAACUCAUACCAAAUGUGUAGCGACCAGCCCGGCGCUCUUACACCUACCCACGGUGUCAUCACGGCCACGUUGGCUGUGCCGCCGUCCGGAGGAGGACCUGUAUCGUAUCCCGCGCCUUCGAAAACGAAAAGGCCAUUUACGAGAUUGCGUCCUCCUUCGACUUUGGUCAUUGACACGCAUUCUCCGACAUUUUCGCCGUCCUGGAGCCCCGAUACCACUUUGAGAACCGCUGUCGUUAGCACCACCACGGAAACUACGGCGACCAGCUCUUCUACGGCAGAGCCUGCGGCGGCUGCCUCUGGUGGUUCCAUUACGCCGGUCCAAAAGGCGGGUAUCGCAGUGGGCGUAAUUGGCUUUGCGGCCGUUGCCAUUGGGCUUUUACUAUUGUUCAGGCUGUACAGGGCGAAGAAGAAGCGCGGGGGACACACACCAUUGGCGAGCUCGCCCCGGAGACGAGAUUCCUGGGGAUACAAGUUUGACAAGGGCCGCGGGGAGAGUAGCAGUGAGCCAUCAUGGAUGGCGAACCCAGUCCAUCCGCCGAAUGAUUCUAAUCAUGGGGCAUCUGCAGCCGCAAUGACCGGCGCAAUAGCAAUAAGGGCCGAAGCAGGGGCAAGGACACAGCAACAACCGCAACCGCAGCCGCAACCACAAGCGGCGGCAUCAAAAUCACCACCGCCAAGGGCGUACAACCGGUCGAGCUGGCGGCCGAGCCUCAUCGGUCUCGCCUUGUCGCCCUCGCACUCCAAGCACGCUGGCCGGGGCACAACAACACCGCCGCGGCCCGUGUCGAAGCUUCUCCCCGCCAAGCCGAUACUCUCCUUAGAUAUUCCCAAGAAGCCGCCUCCGCCGCCGCCAACACAUACAACCCCGCCCCCCGGAUCGUCCUCCAGGAACCAGUCAACGACAACUCCAUCGCCGAAAUACACACGGAUCGCAUCCCGGCCUCCUGUUCUACCGAAGCUGCAGAUCCCGCGGGGACAUGACUUGCUCCACGUCCCCAAAUCAACCAACAAGCCUCGCGAAAGCACAAUGACCGAGUUCGAAGAGGACGGACGUGAAUCAUCAACCGUCUUCUCGCCGGAAUCUCAAAUAUGGAGCACCCCUUCAGCCGCGCCCUCGUCUGCCGCUGCCACGUGUCACGUCGUUGAUAGGCAUGGGAACUGGAUGCCCGGUGAUUCGAACAUUGUGCAGGCUGCAGAACUGGAGGGCACGACGCCACUGAGUGCGCACCCCAAGCUGGCUACGAGCAUGGCCAUCCUCCCGGUUGGGACGAACGGCCGAGGUGAACAGCCUGGCCAAGGGGCCGCGAAACGCUCCCCUCACCGCCGCUCGUCGUCCGCGCCUAUGCCACCUAAUCCCGCCCAGCAGUCCAUAAGGGUGGUCACCGAACCGCUCACGACAUUGAAGAAUGGUCAGGAUAAUGUCGUCCCGAGGCCCUUGUUCUCUGAUAUGGGAGGGAAUCCUCGAAACGCGUCGGCGACUGCUGCCGCGAGGCACUCCUUCGGCCGGAGCUUGACGAGACCCCGGGCCGCGUCUGGAGAUAGCGGAAUCACGAACAUCAGUGUUUCGUCCGACGAGGAGCAUGAGCUACAGCCACCCAAGAGGAUGUCGCAGGCAAACUUGUCUCCGGUAGCGGAGUCGCCCCGUUCAGGAAGCGGCAAGUCCCCGGUAUCGUAUCCCAAGAUCCCGGGGAGAGAGAAUAGCCUCCACGGCAAGGGGAGAUCAGCUCAGCGGCCGAGAAUGCCGAUUUUAUACAAGUCGGCUCACCAUAGGACUGCUUCCGGAGGGAUAGGAAGCAGCGUUGCCAUGCUGACAGUCGGAUCUUUGGCUCCGAAUCCAAACCCGAACACACCCAAGGAAGCGAAUAAUGCUGCUAGUACAAUGUCGGCAAUGGCUGGGCCGGCGCCGAAUGGAUUCAAGCCCAUUAUUCCUACUACCAAGGUCACUACAGCCUCGCCGCACCAGUGGGCGAGUGCGUCUCGAGGGCCACGGCCAUUGCAGAACCCGGCCCUCCUUCGAACUGGCUCUCCGACGAUGCGGAUUGUUGAACCUUCUCCCGAGCCUGACGACGACAGGGCUAUGCUGCCGUCCGCUCGACCUCGCAACGUACAGAGUGUACAGCAGUCACAGCCUCAGAGGCAACAGACUCGAUUGCAGCCUUCCCCAUUCCCGGCUUCGCAGCAGCGAAGUCAACAGGUGGCGACACCGGCGGUUGAGCAGCGGCAGGAGUUCCAGGCCCGAUCCAAAACACCAGCACCGGUACAAACUCAACCGUAUUCUCAACCCCAUCAACAUCCGAUACAGCCUCAACUACGGCCUCGGGCUCAGCACGAAGCAUGCCUGGAGUCACAACCACAGCCACAACAGCAGCAGCAGCAGCAUGUACAACAAGCUCAAGCUCAGGCUCAAGCUCAAACAAACCCGGUGCGACAAAGCCAGCAACGACAUAUUGCUCCUUCAUACCAACCUCAAGUCCAUCAACACCAAAUUCACCCGGAGAAAGGGUCUUUCCCACACCAGCAACACGGACAAGCAACACAACCUCACCUUCAGGUCCAACCACUCCCUUCACAACAGGAGAACCAACAACCCCCCCUAUCCCAAGUCCCUCCUGUGCAAGCUCACCCAGAAAAGGGAGCUGCCCAACUGCAAAAAGAACAACCACCUCAACGAGACACUCGGCCACAACCGCCACCGAGAGACAACAACCCACGACAAGAGAAGACGCAACUACAACAACCCUCAAGACAACAAACCCAAAGGCCAGACGCUCCCAACUGGAUCCCCGGCCUGCCCGCACAUCCUCACCCCCUCCGCCGCCCCCAGCACACAAGCACACUCUGGCUACCGCCGCAAGCCCGCAAGCGCAACUCCCGCAGGAAGAGGAAGACGAUCGAGACAGAGCCAGACCAUCACGGGCAGUCUCCCAUGCGGCCUCUGCGGCGACAACCCGCGCACCCGCCGCCGCAAUCGCAAUUCCAAGCCCGGCAGUCCUUCCAAACCGCCCCGUCCCAACCACAGCAGAACCAACAACAACAACAACAACACCCUGCAAUUCCACCGUCCAGAGCCCGCCAGCCCAUCCCCCAACACCAACAACCACAAGACCAAACGGCAGCAAGUCCAAGCCAACAACAGGUGUACACCCACCGGCCCCAGCAAUACGCCUGCCCAUACCCUGACCCACGGCCCUGUCCAAACCAGGGCCCAAGACAUCAAUAUCCCCCUUCCUACCCUCGCCAACAACAACCACAAGGCCAACCUCGACCACACUUCCAGCAACCUCCACAAGAACAGAACUUCCAGCAGCAGCAGCAGCAGCAGCAGCAGCAACCCCAGGUCUCCAUCGUCGCCAAGCGACUCGGACACGAUCGGGCCGUCAACAUGUCCAUAUCAACGGACUGCACCUCCUCGGCGAGCAGUUCGAAUAACCGGCACCGCGCCAGCGGCGGGCCCAUGUAUUUAUCUCCAGAGGUCAUCACCCCUCGCGGGUCUUCGGGGGACUUGCCUUCGACGCCGACGUGGCUGCCUAGGCUGACGCCCACGAGGCGAGGUGCUGAUUUGUACCUCAACGUUCAGUAA